UUUGCCAAUCAAAUGGACUGCACCAGAGAUUCUGCUAGGAGAGCUUGCUGGACUUUCCACCUUGAGUGACGUGUGGUCCUAUGGAAUCGUUCUGUAUGAGAUAGUUACCCUUGGAGGAAUUCCGUACGACAGAUGGUCAGAAGCCAUGGUGAUUGCAGAGGUCACAAAGGGAUAUCAGAUGCCAAAGCCCGAUCAUGUUGACAACAAACUGUAUGAUAUAAUGAAAAGGUGCUGGAAUCGAAACCCUGACUUCCGUCCUCCUUUUGAAAACCUGCGACAAAGAAUGGACAAAUACAUUCGUGAAGAGACAUAUUUGGAACUUCUUGACAUGGGCGCUUAUGACAAGGCAAAAUACUCCAGGGUUGAAGAUCUCGGAGAUGAAGAUGCAGAACCAAGUGAGGAAGUUGCAAAGAAGGUUGAAGAUCUCGGAGAUGAAGAUGCAGAACCAAGUGAGGAAGUUGCAAAGAAGGCCUCAGCUAAGGGAUUGGGAAGAAGUGCCAGUGACCGUCGUUAGGGUAAAUAAUCGUCACCUCUCGGUGCUAAACUAAGUGUAGGUUUGUGUUAGUUAAAUUUCUCUCAAUAUUAAUAUUAGAAGAAUAUGUGAAAGCUUUGUCCUUGAUUAACAAAAUGAUAAUAAUAAAAGCACAAAACCCAAUUAAUUAAUUCUUAAAGGAUGCCAAUAAUAAAUAAUUUAAUCGGUUUCAGAAUAACAAAAUUUGGAUAGAUAUGAAUUAAACUUCCGUAAUCGAUUAAAUCAGAAGAGAAACAAAGAAAGAAACAAAAAACAACGUACUUGAAAAACGGCUCGUUUAUGCCGAUAGCUGUACUUGGCGAGCUUUUCAUUGUUGUAUUGUGAAACCAUUUAGUAAAUUUGUUUGUAGCAGACGUAGUAAGAGAUCUCCUAACGGCGAUUUGAAAUUUGGUAAAAUUUUGUAGUUUGGUAAUGAAUUAGUCGUGUGGUAUUAACUAGCACUUAUCACUUGACGAAGUAUCUUCUUUAAAUUACAUAUUGCAUCACUUCUAGUGAUUUAUUUAACUUUCAAGUUACCUUUAUUUGAAAACAAGCGAGAGCAUUGUUAUUGACAUUUACCAUUUUGCUGCUAGUAUCAAAUGCUUUUGUCAUAAACGGAGAGAACCGUCUUAAUAGAGUGUGAGUUAAUUCAAAUUAUAAUUUUCUUAAGUGUUUUCGAUUCGUAUGAGAAAAUAAACGCCAUGUAAAGGGUUCAUACUGUGGUAGACGGAACAAUUUUGUUAUGUUAAAUGGAAUGCUUGUUUAAAAACCGGACGAAAUGAGAGCACGUAUGAGCGUUUAAUUUUGUACACUAUCCAAACACGAUAGACAAUGUAAGACACUCUAUUUAAUAUCUGCAAUAAAAAGACUAGAGGCUUA